AAGACAUUCCUGCAAAUUUUAAUUUGCAACUUCUGAAUUAAAAUCUCAGAGUGCGCUAGUAUACUAGUAGUGUCAAUGUCAAUUGUGUUAAAGUAAAGUGAAGGAAGUAAAAUUACUAGGUUAGGUUUAAAUUUAAAUGUGGGUAAAGUUUUAAAAAGAAAAUUUAUAUAAAAAUGAACACUUUAUCAUUUCGUACCGCCAUUCAUAGCUGCAUUUUGAAAUCAUUACAAAAUAAAUUAAUUAGAUCUACCUUUGAAACCACAAAUUUGAUACAAACCAGAGAGUAUGCUGCUAGAAAAGGUACCAGAGAAAGAAAGAAGAAAGGUAAAGUUAAGGUGGAAAUACAAAAAGUUGGGUUUAUACCUCACAACCAAAGAAACAGAGAAAAAUAUUUAGCUAGUCGUCCGAAACUAAAAUUCGAUGAUUCCACUAUGAGAGAUCCUGUGGACGAUGUUUUUGUAAUGAACUAUUACAAAUGGGUGGUAUAUCCAUUCCAAGAAGCCGUUCAGUGCCAUAGGGAAACACAUUCACCUGAAAUUUAUAACAAACCUGAUUCUGAUCUUUUGGUUACUGUUGAACUGAAUAUGCAAGGUGAAAAGAAGAACAAAAUGGUCGAUAAUUUUACGAGAAUAGCCCCAAUGCCGCACAAAUUCGAUCACGGAGAAGAACGCUCGAUAAUAGCCUUCAGCAAAACACCCGAAAACCAAGAUAUCGCCAGAGAAGCGGGCGCUCAACUUUCCGGCGGUCCGGAUAUGAUAAAACAAAUCCAAAACGGUCAAUUAUCGCUAGCCGAUUUCAAAUUCGUGAUCGCUCAUCCGGAAAUCCUUCCAGAACUGGUGGUGUUGAGAGGUUUGCUGAAAAAACGGUUCCCGAAUCCGAAAAAUGGAACAUUAGAUGUGAAUUUGGGGACCGCCGUUCACAAGUUUUUGCACGGAGUGAGUUAUACCGCGACCAAAGAUGAAUAUGAAAAGGAUUUUGGACUGAUUGAGACUAGGGUUGGACCUUUAAGUAUGGACGCUAAACAGUUGGAAGAGAAUUUUGCUGCAUUGGUUAGGGAUAUUUAUACUAUGAAGCCAAAACGACAGGGCACAUUCAUUUCUAGGUGCAUACUGUGGAGUCCCCCUUCACCUGAGAAGUUAAAAGUAGAUCAUGUUGCGUAUCUGGAAGAUACUGAAAGUACAAAAAGCAAAGGAAAAGUAGAAGAUGAGGACGAUGAAAAAGUAGAACAAGUUGCUUUGUAAAAAAAGUUUAUAUAUUAGUUAUUUAAUAAAUAAUUUACUAAUUAAAAUA